UGGAUCAACAACGAGCGUUCAGUUAGUUGGUGAAGUGACUUCAGUGCGAACGGUUGCCUUUUAACGAGUGCUCAAGAUUUGAGGUCAAGCCGAGUGUGAUUGUAAGCAAUGGCCAAUCUGAUUAAAGUUGCUCUUCUCCUCGCUUCCUGUCUCGUCAUUUGCCAUGGACACACUUACCACUCAGGACAGUGCCCCAAUGUGGAACCUCAACCAGAUUUUCAAAUGAAUCAGUUCCUCGGUAUCUGGUACGUUAUCCAGAAGACCUCAACGGCCUCCACAUGCAUAAUUUACAAUGUCACGCGCGGAGAGGAGCCUGGCGAGUACAGGAUUGAGCAGACCUCGCAGCACUUUGCACUGGGAUUGACACGCCUGCGGCAUGAAUACAGCUACACAGGAACACUCACAGUGCCUGACAACGACGUUCCGGCCAAGAUGAAGGUCAAAUUCCCACUCAGCGUGGCAGGAUCGUCCACUUUCACUGUCUUCAUGACUGACUAUCAUCAGUACGCGGGUGUCUUCUCUUGCCAGAAAGUCACAUUUGCCCACAGACGCAGUGCCACGAUCUUAUCUCGCACGAAGACUCUUGAUAAGAUCUAUCUCGACAAGAUCCGAUCGCGUCUGGCAAACUUCGCUGUAGAUCCAUUCGAUUUGAGCAUCGUGAAUCAAAAUGACUGUCCCAAGAAUGGAAGUGAGGGCUUCAACAUUCACAUCGAUCCGGACACUUUCUCAGCCGCAAACAUUGCGAGUGUGGUCAGGAGUGCUGGCGAUAAGAUCGCUUCCGGCGUCGAGACGGCAAUCAAUGCAGGCAAAAAGGCUUACAAUAAACUCACCACAUCCAAUGAAGAUGCGGAGAAAGUGACCACUGAAUCCACUGAGACGAUGAAUCUCAGAAAGAGUGAAAGAAUGCAACAUGAUCCAAAUGCAGAGUGGAUCGCCUUCUAGAAAUCUUGCAGCUGUUUUGGAGGUUUUAUAAAGUCUCUCUCUCUCUCUUUAGUUUUAAGAAUUUUCACUUGAACUGUGUAAGAAACGAUUCUCAAUAUAUUUUUAACUGAUCGAAUUUCACAAA